AUGCAGCCAGCGGCUGCUGCUGCUGCUGCAGCUGAAGCUCUAGCAGCAACAGCGGCAGCGGACAGAGGAAGCAGCCGCAACAGCUCCCUCAGUACGUGCUGCAGCGCAGUCCCCUUGCGCCCUAAUAGCUGCAGCAGCAGCAACAACAACAGCAGCAGCAGCAGCAACAGCAGCAGCAGCAGCAGCGGACCCUCUCCAAUGUUGGGUGUCCCUGGAGAAGACGGCCACAUCCGGCAGCAGCAGCGACUGCAGGAACUGCAGCAGCAGCAGCAAGAGGAGGAAGAGCAGCAGCAGCAGCAGCAGCUGCAGCAGCAGCAGCAGCAGCAGGAGCAUCCGGAUGACUGUGAAUGUUUAGACUGUCGUUAUUAUAUAACGGAGGACUCCGACGAGGCUGCUGCUGCUGCAUCAACAGCAGCAGCAGCAGCAGCAGCAACAGCAGCAGCAGCAGGGGGGCUUAUGGUAGCAGGUUUUGCUGCUAAACACUUAGGGACAGUUGUAUUCAUGAGGCAUGGAGCAAGGGCCCCUAAGGUGCGAGUAUCUGCUGCUGAUGCUGCUGCUGCUCCUGAUGCUGAGCAACAGCAGCAGCAAGAAGCAGCUAACAGCAGCAGCAGCAGCAGCAGCGGUGGGGCUGAUGCAGCAGGAGAAGAUGUUGCGGAUGCUGAUGAGCAGCAGCUAGAAGAGUCUAUAGAAUCAGCAGCAGACGGCAUCAACAGCAGCAGCAGCAGCAACAACAACAAGAGCAGCAAGAAAUCCAUGGCAGCAGCAGGAGGAGGAGGAGGAAGCAGCAGCAGCAGCAGCAGCAGCAGCAGCAGCAACGAAGGAGACACAAUAUGGCCAUUUGGGGGACAGCCUGGUUCGUUAACAGAAGCAGGAUGGAGACAGUCUGUUGCUGUAGGUAUAAAUAUAAGACAAGCGCAGCAGCAGCUGCGUCGUUGCAGUGCAUGCGCAGCAGCAGCAACAGCAGAAACAGCAGCAGCAGCAGCAGCAGCAGGACCUUGUAGAGGUCUCCCUGUAGUUGUCUGCAGCACAGAAUCUAUAAGAUGUCUGCAGACAGCACAAGCAGUAAUAGCGGGUAUGCAGCUAGCAGUCCUAUCCCCCCAGCAGCAGCAGCAGCAGCAGCAGCAGCAGCAGCAGCAUGACCACCAACACCAUCACCAUCACCAUCAGCAGCAGCAGCAGCAGCAGCAGCAAGAAAUAUAUAGAGGGAGGGACUGUCUCCUCGUAGACGCAACGAACUGUCUCUUUGCUGCAGCAGCAGGAUCUCCUGCGUCUCUUGCAUUGAAGGCAAAAAGCCCGUUAGUAAAAUUACAUAAGAGGAGGGCCCUUUGCUGCAGCAGCAACUAUGCUGCUGCUUGUGCUGCACUGCAGCGGGAAGCAACUUUGCUGCGCGAAUUAACAGGAUGGAGCAGCAAAGAGGGACUAAGCGUCAUGAAGAAAUUUGUCUCCUUUUAUGGUGCUUAUUUAUACCAUGGUGUCCCUCUUCCUCUCCUUAAGGGAGGACAUUCGUCUCUUGCUCUCCUACGCAGCAGCAACAGCAACAGCAGCAACAGCAGCAGCAACAGCAACAGCAGUCAUAGCAGCAGCAAUAGUAAUAGCAGCAGCAGUAGCAACUCCAGCUAUAAAUACGCGAAAAAAAGCAUAGGGGACUGCAGCAGCAAUAACAGCAGCAGCAACAGCAACAAGAGCAGCAGCAGCAACAAGAGCAGCAGCAGCAAUAACAGCAGCAACAGUAGUGUUGAUGGAAGGGGUACUGAUGGUGUACAACGCUGCAGCAUUAGCAGCAACACCAGCAGCAGCAGCAGCAGCAGCUGGAGCAGCUCAAGAAGCAGCACGGGCAGCAGCUGCUAUAAUACACCAUCUGCUGCAUGCAGACAGUCCAUGCAUGCAGAGGCAAACCCUGCAGCAGCAGCAGCAGAAGUUGCAGCUGCUGUUGCAUUUGCUGCAGCAGCAGGAACAGAAAAUGCCCCAACAAACACUUGUUCCCCUCCAACUGCCACCACAGCAAACAGCAACAGCAGCAGCAACAGCAGCAGCAGCAGCAGCAGUAGGGACCCAACUCCUACAUCAGCAUGUAUCUCUAGCUCUAUGAACAGCAGCAGGACGGUUCCUGCUGCAGGAGUUGUCUCUCCACCUCCAUCAUCUGCUGCAGCAGCAGCAGCAGCAGCAGCCGCUGCCGCAGCAGCAGCAGCAGCAACAGGAGGAGGAGAAGAAAAAGAAGAGACAAUAAGUCCUGAUGAUUUAUUAGCAGCAGUAUUUAGAGGUGCAGAUCUUGUUGCUCGUCUACAGUAUGCAGAGGAAGAAGAAGUUGGAUGGAGGGCAGGAGGCAUAAGUCUAUGCGAGAUUGCUGCUAGACUAGAGAGAAUGGCUGAUGCUGCUGCUGCUGCUGAUGCAGCAGCAGCAGCAGCAAGUGCUGCUGCACAGGCUGCUGCUGAACAGGCUGCUGUUGCGGAUGAUGAUACAACACAGGAUACAAUUAUACAAGAAACAGAAGCAGGUACAAAAACAGCAGCAGCAGCAGCAGCAGCAUCUAAAGCAUCUGCUGCUGCUGCUGCAGCAGCAGAAGCAGCAGCAGAAGCAGCAGCAGCAGCAGAGGAAGUAGAGGGUUUAUGUAUAUUUGUUACCCAUCAAUCUGCCCUUCUUGCCCUCCAAGCAGCAUUAGGUGUAUCUGCAGCUCAUAUACAAAUUCCUCAUUUUGCUUGUUAUCUACAAGCUGAGCUCCUUGAGAUAGAUGUACCCAGCAGCAGCAGCAGCAGCAGCAGCAGCGGCAACAGCAGCAGCAGCAGCAGUGGUAGUAGCAGCAGCAGCAGCAACAGCUGCGGUGAUGGGGGCUGGGGCGGUUGUCGUGGUGCUGGAUGCAGCGAGGAAGCAGCUGCAGCAGCUGCAGCAGGAGAUGAAACAGCAGCAAGACCUGCUGCUGCUGCAGCAGAAGCAGCAGCAGCAGCAGAAGGUUCACGUGGUGCUGUAUCUGAUAAUCCGGAAGCUGACAGCAGCCACCACUGCAGCAGCAACUGCAGCAACCACUGCAACAGCAGCAGCAAAUGCAUAAUGGGCAGCAGCAGCGGCUGCUGCUGCAUGUGCUGCAGCGGAGCACAUUUCGGGUGUACAGACACCUCAGCAGGGGAGGAUGCACAAGAAGGAGGCACAGCCUUAACCCCAUCAGCCUCCCCCAGCAGCAGCAGCAGCAGCAGCAGCACUGACAGCAGCAGCAGCAGCAGCAGCAGCAGUGGUUCAUCAUGUAAGACAGCAGCAUUUGCUGCUGUCCCUGAGGCAAGACGUCUGUUGUCUCUUUUGUCUCCUCGUCCUAAGAAAGAGAGAAGGAGACACCCUAAUGUAGCAAUAAGAUGGUGUAUAAAUGGAGACUGUCCCCUUUCCUUACCAGAGGAGCUUCGUUGGAAGGCCCUUAACAGCAGCAGCAGCAGCAGCAACAGCAGCAGCAGCAGCAGCAGCAGCAACUGUAAUAUAGUACUUCUUGAUGAUUUGCUGCUUUUUUUAGAUAGCCGCUGGGAUCGAUUCGGCCCGCCGAUCCCACCCGAGCCGCUGCUGGCCCUUCGUGUUGCAGAGAUGACGGAGGAAUUAGAGCAGCAGCAGCAGCAGCAGCAGCAAAUGCGCAUGCAGCAGCAGCAGCAGCAACAGCAGCAGCAACUCAUGUUACAACAACAAAAAAAUAUCCAAUUGCAAUUACAACAACAACAUAUCCAGGAACAACAGGAACAACAGCAGCAGCAACAACUGCAGCAGCAGCAGCAGCAACUGCAGCAACUGCAGCAGCAGCAGCAGCAGCAGCAGGCGGGGGAGCAGAAGUACUACUUAGAUGAUAACCCCAUGACAGAUAACCGCGUCAGGCGCUACAGACUCGCCAUACCCGAGACCUCCUGCGGCACAACAGCAGCAGCAGCAGCAACAGCAGCAACAACAGCAGCAGCAGCAACAGCAGCAGCUACAACAGCAGCAGUCCCUGCAGAAGCAGCAGCUGUACCUGCAGCAGCAGCGUCUCCUGUUGCUAAACGCGGGGGUGAUAUUCACCGUAUAAUUUAA